AACGAUGCCGUGUCGCAUGCUGCUGUGCGCGCUUUGGCCGCUUGCCUUUGGGUUUGUAAAAUGUUCGCGUUGUUGCAGAAUGCGUCUCAGUGUGGCGUCGUGUUAUUAAAUGGAGACACUUUUAUUGGAUUUGCUUGAAUUUAACUCCAACUCAUGCGCUCUGACAGAGAUGCGGUGCAGACAAUCAAGUGACGACUCAACACAAAUCUUUUGUAUGCGUCAGAGAAGACUGACGUAAUUUAAUUAAACCGUAUUGCAGGCUAAAAAUAGCGAAAUCUGAGCUGUUGUACAACUGUAUGAAUGCAUGUUUUAUGAGACUGUAAACUUUCUGAUAAUCCACUUGAUUAUUUCAUUUUGUCGUGCCGACAGUCUACUGGAGGUCAUACUUGAACCAGCAUCUCUUAGGGAGCAUCACUGUGCAGGAAACGGGCUUGAUUGUUGCCAUAGCAAUUAGAGGGCUUGUCCCCGUCCGGGACAGCAGCCAUUGGACCACACCCUUCUCUGCUACAGCCUCCAGAGAUGCUCCUGGUGGAUUGGGUUGUAAGAGAGACAGGGAACCCAUACUCCACCCAUAGUACACUAGAUAGUCAGGAGACCCACCAUGGCGAACAGAGGGCCCAGCUAUGGACUGAGCCGGGAGGUGCAGGAGAAGAUCGAUCAGAAGUAUGACCCAGACCUGGAGCAGCGGCUGGUGGACUGGAUAGUCGCACAGUGUGGAGGAAACCUGGAGAAACCACAGCCGGGCAAGCAGAACUUCCAGAAAUGGCUCAUGGAUGGAACAAUUCUUUGUAGACUCAUCAACAGCCUCUAUCCAAGAGGGAAAGAACCCAUCAAAAAGAUUCCAGAGACCCAGAUGGCCUUUAAACAAAUGGAGAAGAUCUCUCAGUUUUUGCAAGCGGCAGAAGCUUAUGGAGUCACGACCACUGACAUCUUCCAAACUGUGGACCUCUGGGAAGGGAAGGACAUGGCAGCAGUGCAGAGGACCCUCAUGGCUCUGGGGAGUGUUGCAGUCACAAAGGACGAUGGUCAAUACAGAGGAGACCGAGACUGGUUCCACAGGAAAGCCCAGGGCUACAGACGAGAGUUCAGUGAAGAGCAGCUGCGCCAAGGACAGAGUCUGAUUGGCCUGCAAAUGGGCAGCAACCGUGGGGCUUCCCAAGCUGGAAUGACAGGCUAUGGCAUGCACCGUCAGAUCAUGUAGACCACUUACUGGGCUAACUUGUUCCCCUGCUUCCAGACCUUAUUUUCUACUAAUACCACAAAUGUUGUAGCCCCAAAACUUUCCUAAGCUUUGUAGCACCUGCCGUGUUAACCUCAGUUUCCCUGGAAUUGCUGCUUUUGCCAGACAGAGUGUUCUAUCCACACCCUUAAAAAAUGAUGUCAGAUACUGUAGAUCUCCUCCUUCAAGCUCUCCUCCUCUUCCUCUCGACCCUGUUGUUAGUGCUGUUCCCUUUCAAGCAAUGUUUACUCAGUUUUUUUUUACUUUCCAUGUGCAGUUGUUUACUUAAUGUGGAGCUCAGUCAUUCCACAUUACGUUAGUCUCAUAAAGAUUUUUAUUUUUAUUAUACAAACCAUCAGUAUUUUACACAUAUCUACAGAAAUACUGUAGUCUAAUGUUACAGCAUGCGGUAUGCUAUGUGUUUAUAUUUAUGCAAACACUUAUUUACAUUUACUUUGGUCAUUUUCUGAUGGUCUGUUACUAUGUUAUUAUAGUUUGGCCUUAAACCUAAUGGAACUCAAUGACUGACGAUGUCUCUGCUAUCAUGUCUGAAGACUUGUUGCAGUAUCCUCUGUAACCAAAUCAACCUCACGUUGUGCCUGGUUAUGGGACAACAAAGACUGGGUCCUGAUAUACUGGCCUGAAAUUAUAAAUGAGUGUCAUUCAUUCUGAGCCAUGCCCUUGUUAUUUGUUUGUUAGAUUACAUAUUUGUCCAUUGGUGUACAACAAGCAAGUAAAUGUGCAGUACUGCAACCUGUAUGACAGUGAAGUUUCCAUUUCUGGUGUCAGGUAAAUACAUUGCUUGAAUGUGCACUUUUAUGUGUGUUAUGUUUAUAUUUUUAAAUAUAUUUAUAUCUGGAGGCUUGUAAGAAGAAUUGUUGAAGAAAUAAAGUAUGAGGAAAUA